AUGUUCACUCGACCUGCCAUUGACGUCUCAGAUGAGGGCGAGAAGUACAAAGUAGAGGCUGACCUUCCCGGCGUACCAAAAGAGAACGUGGAGGUCCGCAUUGGAGACAAUGGCCGGAGUAUAACCAUCGAAGGGAAGGUGGUAGAAAAAGAGGAGUCUCAUGCAAACAAAUCAUCUGCGAAGACGGGUGCUUCUGGUACCGACUCUAAAGCUGUUGUCAAACCUGAUGAAAGUUCGACUACUCAAAUUUCAACGGAGCGACCUUUCACCCGGAAUGUGUCCUUUACUCGUACUGUGUGGCUGCCAAAGCCUGUGGACACCAAACAUGUUUCGGCCAAAAUGGAACAUGGUGUGUUGACAAUCACCGUUAACAAAACCCACGACAAAGCUAGCACGGUAGUCGCCAUUGAUUGA